GGAGUAGUAGUAAGGGGUCUAUGGCUGCUUUUCUAGCUCAGACCCCAAUCCAGAAUAUUUUUUCACCUGUAUCUCACAACCUACAAAACCUACAAACGGGAGGUGAGGAGAAGAGAAAGGCCACCGUGCUAACUCUCCUGAAUACUGACUCUGAGGCUAUCCAAGUGAGAGUACUACAGCUCCCACUGGACCUGAAGCUGUGCUGUCUUUUACAGCUGCACAGUGGCUAGAAGCAGAGUUACAUAUUCUUUGUCAUCCUUGUUACCUUCUGUGGCCACUCCUCACAAGUUAAUCUCCCUCAUCUUUGGGAGCGAUUCUCAGCAGUUGGAAGAUUUGGGUUUGACGACCACAUCUACAGGUACUAGUAAGAUAAAAGUCAAGAGUCUCCACUGGUGUAAAGGUCCUGACUCUGGAACCUGGGUGGCAUGCACACAACUGCACCAAGACAUUGGGUUACUGAGUAACCAAAGGAAUAUAAAGUAUCACAGAAGAAGCGUGUUCUCUUGACUAUUAGCUUGCCAAAGCAGCCUUACCAUGACGAAAAAACAGUGGAAAUGAUGAGGGGGAAAGAAGUGCGCUGGGAAACCAGGACAGAAGCAACACAGCAUGGAGAGGCGAAAACGAUACUGUUGGGUAUCUGAGAAAGAGAGGAAACAGAUGGAAAGGCAAGCCCACAGCACAGGCCAGGCCAGAGAGUUUAAGAACACAAUGUGUAGACUUUUUCCCAAUGAAAGGCUACCGAGAAUUGUGCACGAAGGCCAGGCAGCACAAAGAAGACAGCAGGUCAAAAAGAGGGAACAGGCGCAAAUCAAAGACCACCAGGAGCGCAUGCUUCGAGGGAGGGAGCUGAUAGAGCAAAGACUCAAGGAAAGACUCUUGAGAGGAAGCUCGAGUCAGCUCCCUUCACUAGAGAAGCUGGAGAGAGUAAAGAAAGAGAUGAAGGACCUUGAAAGGGCUAACGCACACCCGCUUUUGGAGUUACGCACUAAAAGUCUGAUUAUGCUGGAAAGUCUUAUUGAGAAGUCUCGGGUAAGAGAGGAAAGGAAAACGGCUAUAAAGCCUCAUCAAAGGAAAUUCCUCGCCUUCCCACCCUUUUUGAAAAGUCACGUACGAAAAGUCAAAGAUCAGUAA